AUGCCGUCGGUGCAAGAGCUCAAAAGCAAAAACGCACGCGCUGUUCACGAGAAGCAUCUCGAUCUCGUCGCCAAGUACCAAUCCAAUUACCCUGCAGUCGAACAGCUGCAAAAACUCGCAAAGCAACAAAUCCUAGACGAAUCCGCUUCUCAACUCGACCUCAACGAAGAGGGUAAAGCUCGCGUCCUCGUCUACCUCUCCGACUUUGCCAACCUCUUCCGAUUCUAUCGACGUUCGAGGUACGAUGAGCAGCAAGCCCUCGCCCUGCUCAAUGCCACUGUCCUGUGGCGUAUGAGGACCGACUUGGAUCUCUUGUCACUGUCCUCACUGAAUCCGCUCUAUGUCACACCGCCGCCGCCAAAUCCACCGCUCUUCUGGGUCAACAGCAACUUUGUCGAUCUGUAUGGAAGACCGUGUGGCAUCAUCAACCUGCGAAGUGUAGAAAGGACUGCGGAAAACACGCUGGAUCAGCUCAAGGAAUACAUAGUAGCCUGCAUGGAGAUCAUGCGUAGAUAUGUCGCCGAUCUCUAUCGCAACAGCAUCAGCACCUCCAAUCAAGCCAAGAGAGAGCAAGAUACGGUCCUUCAAGCAUCCAUCGCGAUCGACCUCGCCUCGAGCGGAAUGGCCAACCUAGAGCUCGAGCUCCUGCCUUUCCUCCUGGAUCUGCUUAAGAACCAUGUGCCUGGUAUGGUCGGUGCCGUCUACGUCCUCAACUACGGCUGGAUCCACUCCGGCAUGUGGGCCGUCAUCAAACGCGUCUUGCCGCAGCAAGCACUUGCCAAGAUUUUUUUCCCUUCGUACGAUGAACUGAGGGAACACUUUGAUCCGCAAAAUAUCCCAGCCUGCUACGGCGGACAGCUCGAUGUCGCCGUCGAAAGCUCGACCAACGAUGUUCUUCGCAAAUACGGCCGUCCCAGACGUGCUUCGGUGGCAACCUCGGCCGCUUCUACACCACCGCAUAGUCCGGGCGCACCUCGCAAAAUGAGCCGCACCAACUCGUACGAAAGCAUCUACGAAGUGUUUUACAGCGCCGACUCCACGCCCUGGGCGAGCCGGCCCAUCACCCCGCGACACAGCGAGCCCUCCACGCCUCGUGGCCAUGGCGCCGAUUCCAAUGCUGCUGGAGGUCUCAAGAUGACUCCCAGCGCAGCACGCAAGCUCAAGCACCUCCAGAUGUCUAGAGGCGAUCUUUCGAGUGCUGCAGAGAACGCUCAUUCGGCAGGUUGGUCUCGACCAGGCUCCGAACCAAGGAUCGUGGAUGGAAGAGCGGUCGGGCUCAGCGUGAGUGUGGGUGCAUCGCCGUUCGUCACGCCCAGUGCCACGCCCGCAGGGCCCCUCAGUCCUAGAGUGGCCCGCUCGAAGAAUCCGGACCGACACGUACGCUUUUCCGCCGCGCGCGACCGCUCUGCCUCUCCGCAGAGAAGGGUGGGGGCCACGAGCAAUUUUACGCUAUACUUGCCGCAGGAGGAUGAAGAGGCGGUGCUGCCGUCGGAAAGCGAGGAGUCCGAUGCCAGUGGCAAAGACGGCGAGCUACCUCCUACUGCCACGAACGCUGCUGUGGGCGGCGGCGGGCUGCUCAACCGACUGCGUCGAUUCUCCGAGACUCGCUUUACGUCGAAAGACUCGCAGUCCGCUCCAGAGACGCAAGACGCGGACGCGGACGAGGUCGAAGCGUCCGGCGGCACCAUCAUGUACAUCGAACCUUCCUCGCCGCGGCUUCAGGUGGACCACCUCGACGAGCCUCCACUGCAGCACGUUGCGCACACGCUGCUCUCGCACCGCACCCGUCGCUCGGCCCGCGACGGCCUCGUCUCCCCCUACAACGCCAACAACCCCUUCUUCGGCUACCCAGCCUACAACCCACCUACACCAGAAGCUACGUUCCGCCUCAACCGCAGCGCCACCCCACAGCACGUGCACUCGCGACGACGCAAACGCGACCUGCUGCGGACGUUGACGUAUCUGUUCGUGCUACGCAUCCUCGCGUUCAACCGCAGGUUGCGAUGGAGGAUGAGUCUUGUGUGGCGCGAGGUGGGGAGGGCGUUGAGUGUGGGAGGCAGUGGUGCGGGAACGGGCGAGGGUGCGGAGGAUGACUUUUGGAGGAAUCUGGAUGCUAGACGGUUGAGCGCGGUGCAGCUGGAGGAGGAAAAAAGGAGGAGGAGUAAGGAGGGUAAGGGGGGCAGAAAGGCCGAGGCGCCACUGAUGAGGGCGGCGAAGAAGUUAGUGGGUGCGGCGGUAUUGGUGAUGCUGUUGAGGCCCGAGUGGAGGCAGAGGGCCAUGGUGCAGGUGUAUGCUUCGUUCGGGUCGUUGUUGGGUAGGAGAGCGGGGGGCGAGCAAGGCGUGGAUUGGGAGGAGUGGGAGAGGAGGGGAGUAUCGCCGAAACAACUAGUGGGCAAGGGCGACACAUGGACUGGUAUGCAUCUUCGACGACGGAUGGGGUUGUUGAAGCACAAGGCCACACCAAACCCAACUGCACCUUCUACAGCUCAGGCGGCCACUAACGCCAAGACGGCUGCCGCUGGCGGCAACGGUAGCAGCAACAAAGGAGGAAAAGCUCGGGUAAACCCGUUAGCCGUCGCAGGUGGGCUCAUCUCGGCUGCCUCACUGGCAUACCUCCUCUAUACCUACCUCUCCACAUCCUCCUCCACCGACCGAUCCUCCAAAGACGAUGACGACGACGACGAUAUCGCACGUCGUCGAUCUAGCACCGCCAAGCAACCCUCUACUGCUGCACGUCUUCGACCCAGUCUCUCGCUCACGCUCUCACCCGGCUUCUCGCGCACCGACCCUGCCUCCAUCACAGGACUCCGCACGCUGCUGACCACUGUCUCGCCACUAUUCGUCGUGCACCUGAUCGUGCCCGGGUCGGAAGCGCAUGACCUGAGCGCGUCCAUCUCGUCGCUCGCAACCAGCCUGGGUGCGAUCGGCGACUUUGACGCGCGGCGCAUCCUGGAGUACACGCAGCCCACGGGGCGGUUCGCGCUCUCGCGGGCCCUGGCGUGCGACUGCCACGUUGAAGUCGCGCUGCCGCGGUCGGAGGAGGAGAUCACGCUCGCCGAGCUGGGCAAGAUCCGGCUGAGUUGCGGGCUCGUCGUGUAUGCUUCAUUCGAACCCGAGCGUCAAGGUGGCGGGAAGAGAGUGUUGGCAGAGUUGAAGCGGUUGGCCGAGGCCGAAGGGAGGGAGGGUGCACCGAAUGGCAUGAGGGCGUUUGAUUUGGCGAGCGAAAGCGACGAGCGGGGCAGGUGGGACGAGCUGGCGACGAGGCUGGCGGAGUUGAGGGGCGGCUGGCGCUGA